AUCCCGGCUUCGCAUUGCUCCCUUUUCUUAACAAAAAGAACCCCCCAAAUAAUAUUCUGGCCCCAAGAUCAACAUGUCAGGGAGCGCAAAGGCCAUUCGUCUCCCCCCGCUGAAGACGCUGCGGGUGCACAAUCCCAAGCGCCAGCCCGAGAAUCCUUGCAUCGCCAUCAUGUCCAGCGUUCUCGCGUGCUGGGCUUCAGCAGGCUUCAACGCCGCCGGCUGCGCCGCCAUCGAGAACCAGCUCCGGAAAUGCAUGGACGGCCCAGCGCCUCCUCCCGCGCCGGCGAAUACCAUCAACUACCACUUGUCGCGGAUGCAGAAAUACGUAACCAGCCCGAAGAAGCAGAAAUAAACGACGACGAAAACGAAAUGAUGUACAAAAGACAAAAGGAGGGAAGGAUUUAUAUUGCGAUUUUCGAGUAGCAUGAUCGAGAGGAGCCCUUGUACGAUUUUCUUUCCCGCUGUCGAUUGCGAUUGCGAAGAAAGACGACUCGACUCGACUCGAGGGUUCUGUAUACCAAGUCGAGGGAUUGUGAUACGAAAACAGCCGUAAGAAGCAAGGAAUUGAGGAGACGGCUUUUUCACCAACAAAGAAUCAGGGUUGGACAUCCCUGGAGCAAAAUGCGUAACAAAGGUAUUUACGCAAACGACGAACAUUUUUUUUUUUUUGACGAGCAACAUGGGAAGGAGCGAAGAAUGGGAGGAGGAAGAAAAGCAAGACGGGAGGAUAAACAUUGACCGGCGUUGGUUGCCACUUUGACGAUAUCACCAAAAGUAAAAAUGUACAACAUACAUACAUAUCCAGGAAGGGAAAAAAGAGGGAUUCAUAAAAAGAGUGUUAUAGAAGGGCAAGGAGAGAAAUGUCAAAAUGAUGAGAUGGCGUGACAUAGAGCGCUUCAUCCAAUGUACAAAUAGCAGACACAACAUAUGAAAUAAAAGUGUUUUCAAAAAAGG